AUGCCGAUAGGAGACAGCACCGAAGACAUUAAAGAUGCAGUUCGAAAGGAGCUGGAAGGCACAGAAUAUGCAGUAUCAUCGCUAACGCCGCUUUCUGGGGGCACUGCAAACUUCAUAUAUCUCGCCAAACUUCACAGGCCUCUGUCAGGAGGUGUAAGCAAAGUCGUACUAAAACACGGAGAAGCAUAUGUUGCCCUGCACCCUGACUUCAAGCUGGAAAUGGUUCGCUGCAACAUUGAAGAAGAAGGCCUGAGACUCCUCGCAAAAUUUCCACCCGUCAUCUCAUCGCCAUAUGUGGUCGGAACGCCGAAGUUAUACCAUUUUAACCCCCAAACCAGCACACAGAUCCAGGAAUAUUUGCCCAACGCAAUCAACCUAAAAGAUUAUGCUCUUAAAAAUUUCCAAGGACCUACCGUUGCAGCUACCGAAUCGCAAUGCUUGCAGCUGGGACAGAGUCUUGGCCGAUGGCUGCGAGAAUUCCACAUAUGGAGUGAUCAGCCUGACAACCAGAGCUUGCGUAACCUGUUUGUCAAGAAUACAGCCAUGAGGAAUAUUAAAAAGGCUAUUAAUUACGACCAGCUGCUUGGGAGGUUGGGCAUGUUUCCUGCCAUCUUACAGGAGCAUGAGGAGACUUUGCAGCAAAUUGUAGCCAUGGCUACUGCUGAGCUCGGAGACGAGAGCAAGCUGAGUGUUAUUCACGGCGAUUUUUGGACUGGAAAUAUUUUGAUACCAAAUACUGCUCUUGGCAGCAGUCAGAUAGUUCCCGUCCGGGUUAUUGACUGGGAAAUGGCACAGGUUGGCGUACGGGCUGAAGAUCUCGGCCAGGUUAUCGCUGAGCUGUGGCAAUUAAAGCUUUACAAAAAUAUAGAUGCGACUUUGUGGAUCAUUCAAGGUUUUGUGAGCGGAUAUGGCAAGGUCGAUAGCGAUUUCAUGUUUCGAGUACUGAUUCAUGUUGGCGCUCAUUUGUUAUGUAUCGGAUCAACAACGCCAGGCUGGGGAACCCCAGAAGAAGGGCAAGAGAUUGCCAAGGCUGGAAGAGAUGUCUUACUCAAUGCUUGGAAAAAAGACGCAGGAGCAUUCCAAGGACAUGACCUCCAACAACUUGUGGGUUAG